AAACCAACGCCACACCUAAAAGCAGCGUAUCCUUUUUCUUCAUAAAAAAAAAGAGCCUAAAGUUCAUCGAUUUUUUCGUCAUUUUCAAGAAGAGUGGUUUCUGUCAUGGCUCAAGGAGACUCGGACGUCCAACAAGACAUGGCUAAAGACGAAAAACAGAGGUUGAAAUACUUGGAAUUCGUGCAAGUAGCCGCUGUUUACGCGGUUUUUUGCUUCAUCAACCUCUACGUUUACGCCAAGGAAAGGUCGGGACCGUUGAAGCAUGGCGUCGAGACCGUUGAGGGAACGGUUAAGAGCGUGGUUCGACCUGUUUAUGAUAAAUACCAUGAUGUCCCCUUUGAGCUUCUCAAAUUUGUUGAUCGCAAGGUUGGUGAAUCUUUGAGUAAGAUGGAUGGUCGUGUUCCUCUACUUAUCAAGCAGGUCUCUUUUGAAGCCAUCUCGGCUGCCCAAAAGGCUCCAGGGAUGGCUCGAGGUGUGGCUUCUGAGGUCCAGCGUGCUGGAGUGGUGAGCAUUGCUUCAGGAUAUGCAAAAUCUGUGUACACCAAGUAUGAGCCCACUGCGAAAGAGCUUUAUGCCAAGUAUGAGCCAAAAGCUGAACAAUCUGCUGUUUCAGCAUGGCGUAAACUGAACCAGCUCCCUCUCUUCCCACAAGUUGCUUCAAUUGUUGUCCCAACAGCUGCCUAUUACACUGAAAAGUAUAACCAAACAGUGGUUAGCAGUGCAGAGAAGGGGUACAAGGUUGCUUCAUAUUUGCCAUUGGUUCCUACUGACAAGAUUGCCAAGGUGUUUAGUGAAGAAAAGCCUGAACCAGAGCCACUGCUGUCUAAAAAUUGAUUAGCUUGAAUCUGGUUUUACAUAAUAAUUACUUGGUGAUUAUGUGAUUGCCUUAGAAGUUUCACCUCUUGAUCUUGUCUUUUUAAGUUUUGAGUCUGCAACUUAAUACUACUUUCACCUCUCUAGAGUGACUUUUUAUUCAAGUUUCAAUGACCAGUUUCCCUGAACUGUUAUUCGUCUCCUUUAGUUAGGUUAGCCUCGUGUUUAUGUGAAAGAAAUAGGCCCAAACAGUUGGGCCAGAAUGUAGGCCCAGAUUAAGAAAAUUGAGCUGCAAAGAGGCCCAAAAUGAGAAAAAAAAUGAUUGGAUUGAAAAUUUAGAUACGAUAUGAUAGUGAUAUAAGUUAA